GGGCUAGGCUUUGAAGCUCUGUAGUCUAUGUCUCUACGUGUCGAUCUCCCAGUACUUGAAGACAGGCUGCUUGCUCUCUUCUGCCAGUGUUUGCAGUGAGCUGAGCUGAACCGAGCCCGGCCGGCGGGUGAGGGCACUCGCCCUGCGAUGGGCCCACCAUGCUGUCGGCCAGGAAAGAGCUGGUGGCCGAGGAGUACGUGCUGCGGCUGCAGGAGGAGGUGGUGGCGCGUCCCCGCCGCCGGGAGAGGCCACGUCGGGCUCGCUUCGUCGACAAGCACGGCGCCUGCAAUGUGGCGCACACCAACAUCCGAGAGCAAGGCCGCUACCUGCAGGACGUGUUCACCACGGUGGUCGACCUGAAGUGGCGGCACACGCUGCUCAUCUUCACCAUGAGCUUCUUGUGCAGCUGGCUGCUGUUCGCCAUGAUCUGGUGGCUGCUGGCAUUCGCUCACGGCGACCUGGACGACAGAGGAGGUGGAGGGGGGCCAUCUCCCCCGGCCGUGCCCUGCAUCACCAGCCUCCACUCCUUCACCUCGGCUUUCCUCUUCUCGGUUGAGGUGCAGGUGACCAUCGGCUUCGGCGGGCGGAUGAUCACCGAGGAGUGCCCGUUCGCCAUCGCCGUGCUGCUGGCGCAGAACAUCGUGGGGCUGGUGGUGAACGCCAUCAUGAUGGGCUGCAUCUUCAUGAAGACGUCGCAGGCGCGGCUGCGGGCCGAGACGCUGAUCUUCAGCCGCUCGGCGGUGGUGGCGCCGCGGGACGGCCGCCUGUGCCUCAUGUUCCGUGUGGGCGACCUGCGCACCUCCAUGAUCAUCGGCGCCAGCGUGCGCGCGCAGCUGGUGGGGCGGGCGCGCACGGCCGAGGGGGAGGUGCAGCCGCUGCGGCAGCUCGACGUCUCAUUGGACGGGCCGGCGGGGAGCGGCGGCUCCAUCUUCCUGGUCUCGCCCCUCAUCGUGGCGCACGUCAUCGACGGCUCGAGCCCGCUCUACCGCCUAACGGCCGCCGGCCUGGCGCGCGCCCGCUUCGAGCUGGUCGUCGUGCUCGAGGGCGUGGUGGAGACCACCGGCAUCACCAUGCAGGCGCGCACCUCCUACCUCUCCACCGAGAUCCUGUGGGGGCACCGCUUCGUCCCCGUCGUCUGCGAGGAGGACGGACGCUACUCGGUCGACUACUCCAAGUUCGGCAACACUGUCAAAGUGUCCACGCCGCCGCUCGGCGCCCGGCAGCUGGAGAUGGAGCAGGCUGAGGCGAGGCACCGCCCCCAGGUCAGCCUGGGGGGCGACGAGAUGGAAGAGGUGGAGGAGGAGGGGGUGGAGAUAGAGGGGGAGGGAAAGGUGGUCAGCUUCGAUAUCUCGCCCGGCGUUAGGAGGAGAAAGAGCUCGGUGUUUCAGAGCGACUGUUUGUGAUCCGCAACCCACCUUCCCUUUUUUCCCCAGGGUGAGGGGAGGAGAGAAGAUCUCUUCACACCUCCUCACAUGUACACGCCCCUUCCCAAGUACACACCUCCUCACAUGUACACGCCCCCUCCCAUGUACACGCCCCCUCCCAUGUACACGCCCCCUCCCAUGUACACGCCCCCUCCCAUGUACACGCCCCCUCCCAUGUACACGCCCCCUCCCAUGUACACGCCCCCUCCCAUGU